AUGGUUAAGAUGGAAGCUGACGAACCCCCUCAUCAGCUUGAGUCCUACAACAAUAUGGUGGACUCUGACUUCUCGAAUAUCCUGUCAGUGGCGAUCAACCAACAUGCUCUGCAUGCUUCAUCCUCUGGAUUCACACACAUGCCUCUCUCUCAAGGCGGAGUUUUGCAGGAUCUUCACCCUCUGCUCAAGGUUGAGGGUAUGGUGGACGACUCCUUGGGCCCGGCUGGGAUGUGUCCAAGUCACCAUAUUCCACCCACCACGCAAGUCCAGCUUUCUGAUCUGGAGCUCGGCCCAACUUGGUUUUCCCAGCAGGCCUACCCAACACUGAUCACCAGUGGUCCGGUCCUGAACAACGAAAUGAACGGUUGGCCUAUGGUGCCAUGCUCGGCGGACAUCAUGACACCCCCAUAUUCAACAUAUCAUUCUUUUGAAGAACUCGACAGCAGGAUCCCGUGGUCCUCGUCGCCGGAGUUCGCCCACUGCAGGCCACUGACCUCCACUGGAGAACAGCCAGAAGGUUGCAACGACAAGCCAUAUGCGAGGCUGAUCUAUGAAGCAUUGAUGCAGGCGCCCGGGCACAGAAUGAUGCUGAGAGACAUAUAUGAGUGGUUUCGCCUCAAUACUACAAAGCCCGAAGAGUCAGGCUCGAAUGGAUGGCAAAACAGCAUCCGGCACAAUUUAUCCAUGAAUCAGGCGUUUGAGAAUGACAGAGAAUGUUCCGGAGGCAAUACGAGAAAAGCCAACAGUGUCUGGAUGUUGACCGAAGACGCAGUCAAAAACGGAGUUCAAUCUACCACCAGAUACCGCAAGACCGCUGGGGGCAAAAGAACUGGGAGCAAUCGUGCGGCUGCGGUCCAAAGACAAAGAUCUGGAGCCAAAGGCGGGCGCGCCGCACGUUGGAUGGCGAGACAGAGGCGGCAGGAGAACCCUCUCAUUGCUGACGCGACUCCUUCCAGCAGUCCAACAACUCCCUCCUAUUCGGACGUCAGCGAAUACCAGAGCUUCGACUACCACGGGUUUCGACCUGCCAUGACGAGUUGGCCCAUAACGCCCGUGGACGACAGCCUCCAUCUUCCGGAUGAUGCGAUGCAGAACAUGUGCCUUUCCCCACAAAGCUCGUUUGAUCUCAAUGCAUCACAGGCUACUCACGCCGAUGAAAGUUCGCCUUCGCGAGGCAGUUUGCUACGAUGUUUGCGAGAUCGUCAACUGCAAGAAUGA